AUGAGAGCUCCAGCUCCAGCUCCUCUUCCCGCGCUGCUCUCCCGCUGCUCCUCGCCGCCCUCCUCGGCCCCGCCGCGCCGCCUGCUCUCCUCGCCCCGCACGCCGGCCGCCUGCCGGCCGCCUCCGGCCGUCGCGCGCUCUGUCUCCGUCUCCGUCGAUGCGCCGGCGGCCGCCGCGGAGCCGGCUGUCUUGGGCGCGCCCUCUGCGACGCUGCGCCGUCGCCUCAUCCUCCUCCGCCACGGGGAGAGCACCGCCCGAGGCCGCUCCACCAGAGAUCAUGACAGACCUCUAAGCAAGGCUGGGAGAGCUGACGCAAUCAGCAUUUCUAAUAAACUCCAACAAAUGGGUUGGAUACCGGAGCUUAUCCUCUGCAGUGAUGCAAUGCGUACAAAGGAAACUCUUAAGAUCCUGCAAGAGCAUGUCCAAGGAUUGUCUGAAGCAGUAGUGCACUUCAUCCCAAGUUUCUACUCAAUUGCGGCAAUGGACGGCCAAACUGCAGAGCAUUUGCAAAAGGCGAUUUGUGAAUAUUCGAGUGAUGAGAUCUUAACUGUGAUGUGCAUGGGGCAUAAUAAAGGAUGGGAAGAAGCCGCCUCUAUGUUUUCUGGUGAUUCAGUAGUGCUUGAGACAUGUAACGCUGCGUUGCUAGAAGCUGCAGGCAAAUCAUGGGUUGAGUUGUUUUUACAUGCCACUGAAGCCGUCAGUCUGAAGGGCCGGAUUGACCUCCAACUCACGUUGUGCUUGACAGGGGCGACGAGAGCUUCGAUCGGUGUCUGCCCAGGCUCCACCGGUGGCGGGGACGACGGGGCACCGAUUAUGGGCUCUCCAAGACCUCAACCAUGUUACCGGUGCCAAUGCCGAGAGGAUGGGUGA